AUGGCCUCGGUCAAUUCAUUAGGUUUACAUCAACCCACAGGACUUCAAUAUGCGAUUAAAGAAGGAUACCUACCUGCAGAUGCGGCCAGUAGUUCCUACAGUUGGUAUAACGUUUGCGACGCCGAUACAGGUUCGGAAGUCGACGAUGAACUGCUUGUCACACCAAGAUGUGUGAUUUGGUCGCGAGGAGGAGUUUUUCGAAAAAGCUACAAUUUUGACCUCGAGAAAGAACCAAUUACACAGGCAUUAUUAACCUCGUUCCCCAGUGUCGGACCCUUACCAUCUAAGAAUAGAGCACCGAAGAAGCGACCGAAGAGCUCGAAUACAAAAGAAAAGGCAAUUGUGGUGUUCUUAAAGACGCAGGCGCAUGUUUACUUUCUCUCUGGUACUAGCCAUGUCAUACAUUUACCAUUCGAAGUCGAGUCUGCCACUGCAGCACCCAUUGGUCUCAUUAUACAACGAAGGUUACGAGCAGACAACAAUCUCGCAGCAUCUCUUAAGUUUCCACGAGUACCACCCAACUCAUUUGUCUCAUCCCAGCCUCAAUCAUGGUCGGCGACAAGUUCAGUUCAUUCAACAUUUUCUACCGCGGAUCUUGGUACUCCGAUGCAGAUGCCAACCCAAAUGUCUACCUUGAAGGAUUUGUGGGAACCCCCUUCUGUUCAAAGUGACGCGAACUGGCCACGAUUGUUUUCCUUGUCAGAUCCACUAUCAGAGAUGGGGUUAGUCGUUGCUCAGCCAGGUUUGUCCGAUGGUCGAAGAAAACGAAGGAGCUCCGGCAAGAUAUCGACAUUAGACCCUUCGGAGGAAAUUCUUCAUGUGUCUCGACCGAAUGAAUUCUCUGCCAGGGACUCGGAAAAUCCUCUGGUACUAGCCAUCACAUUGAAUCGAGAAACAAGCAUGUUUACAGUGUGGAGGUUGGCUUAUGUUGGGCAAGAAACGACGCCAAACGGGAAAUCUCGAGUCGCGAGUGGUGCAGCAUCACGUCGGCGAAGCUCAUUUUUGCCUAGUGGAACAGGAGCCACAACACCCGUAGGAAAUAGUCAGCAGACGGUCCGGGAAAGUUUUGGAGGAGUUGCUCCUGGUUUCAAGAAGGCUGUUUGGUCAGAUGAUGUGAAAAAAGACAAGAAAAUUGAUUUUGCCUCCACCCUUGAUCCUGACUAUGAAGGCGGCUCUAUACCUCGAAGAAGUUCUCGACGUGUGAGCUCAAUGCUAGCAAGAGCAGAUCUAUCAGCUUCACACGAACGAAAUGCUUUCUCUGAACUAGCAACUGGUCAUCAGCAUAAUACAGGUCGAGUUCGAGAGUCAUUAGGAAGCCAGCAUACGAGAACGAGCAUUGGAUUGAAUGGACAAAGCUUCUCCCAGGCCACUCAGCUGAACAAUAGCAUUAACAGCCAUCUCGAAGCACCAGUGGAUGAACUUCUGGAUCAACUUCGCGCUGGAGGCGAUUUUGGUGGCUUCAAUGAUAUGGGUCUCGAUGACGAUGAAUUUGAUGCCCUUAGACAGGAAGUCAUCCUGACAAAAGUUUGCAGUGUCUCCGCCGAGCAUAGUAAUGUUCGGUAUUCGAGUCAGCAUAUACCGGCAAAGAGCCAGUGUAAGAUCUUUAUACUGCCUGCACCACUCUCAGCUGCAGAUGAUCAACAAGGCAAUUCAAUAGUUAUAUGCAUCCUGGAUUCUGAUGAGAAGAAGCUUCUUGUGAUGACUCUUAACACUAAAAUGCAUCGAAAGGCCCAUUUCAACGACAAUGAGGUGCCCCCAAAUUCAGAGAAGGAAGUGGUCUUAGUCAACUUGAAAGAAGUGAUGCGAGCCCCAGGUGUGAUAGAUGCUUGCAAGUUUGAUGACGGCGAUAUAUCUCGUAUUCUAGUCUUGACGGAAACAGAUGAUGGCUUUGGAGAACUGAGUUUACAGGCCCCAUGGAGCAUUCUCAUGAAGGUAACUCUGCCAGCAAGUUUCGUCAUACAUAACACUCGAAACCUGAGUCACGACCAACACCCACGUGAGAAAAGGGAUGGAGGGUUCAAAAGAGUUCUGAGCCAAGGCCCUCGUGCUUUGAAAGGUCUGCGUAAUCCACAGCCUCGAGGUAUUGUUGAUUUGUUAGAUGAUGAAGGCAAAAUGCAUCAAUUGCAAAUACUCAUGCAGCCUCGCAGUCCUUAUGUGGCUAAAAUUCUUGAAGUAUGCACGAAGGUUCUACCAGGUGCAAGUGGAGGUGAAGGGAUGCUUGUUACAUGGUGGAAUUCCAUGAAAUGGCUUCAGCUGGAAUCUAUCAAUACUUCUGAUGCAGAGUGGACAUCUCUACUCAUCGUUCUAUUUUCGAUGGUUUUCAGCUUUGGUGCAGCCAAACAACCCCAGAAGAAGGCUCAAAUAACAAAGAAACCACGCACUGCAUUAUUGCGGUCGAGCAGUGGUGGACAUGUAAAUAUGGACUGUUAUGAGGCCAUGCUCGGUCAUUUAGCCCCAUAUGGAAAUCCUUUGCCACCUUGGCUUAAUAAUGGCGGAUGGAAGUGGCUCUUAAACGAACAAGAAGAUUCUGGGGUGUAUUACUCUUCUGAAUUCGAUGACCUUUCAUCGGCGGCCAAGGAUAAGGAAACUUUCAUUCAAAGGCACGUGAAUCUUGCGCGAACGUUCUUCUAUUCAAAAUUGGGCCAGGAAGCUGUUACAGGCUAUCUGCCGACGGCAACUAAUAAGUCUCUCGAGCUUCGUCAAGCUGCUCUGAUCGACGUUAUUGCAGGCUUACAUUUAUUGCGAGAGGAAAGAAAGCUUGACACAAUGACAGCCGAUUCUUCCAGUACUGGCGUGCCUACUUUGACUCCGGUCCUAUCCCAGAUUGUUCGAUGGCUCAGAUGGGAGAGCUGGAUAGAUUUCUAUGAAACCGAGGAAGCUUCACUGGUAGACGUAAUCUAUGAUGCCGAUCUUGUGCUAGCUUCUCAGAUUGCUGAACCAUUCGAAUGUCCAUCGAUUUACACCUGGGUUCAAGAUUGUUUCCUCGCCCGAAGACUAAUGCCCUUCUUAACCCUUCAAGAUCUGGUCACGAUAAGAUCUGACAUUCCUACCAGGGGUAUCCGAGACCUUGAGCGAUGGCGUAGCUCAACACCAAGAACUCUGCAACUUGCUCAGUUAUUUUCGUGCAUGCAAGAUGGCUGGUGUUCUGUACAACUUGUAGAAGCACUAUCUGCUUCUGGGGUAGAUAGCCUCUUUCUUGAGACUUUGCCAGAGGCCAUUCUUGCCCCUCUUCAAGAAGCAAUCGUUGAAUGUCAAAGUGAACCUCCAACAAGCUGGAGCCAAGAAUUACUUGCACUGGUGGGUCGUGAAGAUGUCAGUAUGCUACUAACGCCUGGCCGCUCAUCUCGAAGUUUUCAGCCAUCCUUAUUACCACCAUCCCACGAAGCUAAUUUGGACGUUCAUGCCAUAUGUAUAUCUACAACAGAGAUUGAGACCACUGGAGCAUUCGAUGGAUCCGCUGAAGUAGAUCGUCAAGCCAUCACACGAGCAAUAUUCAAAGAUGACAGAAGAAUGAACGAGGCAAUCAAUAUCCUGAAUACAUUCAGACCGACGAUUGCUCGUGUUAGAUCCAGACCUGAUUGGACGGAAUCAGAAUUGUUAGAAGCUCAAAAGGAACACGCUCAAAUGCUGGCUUAUCGCACGUUGGCCAUCCCUUCUGGCAGAGGAUUACUAUAUUAUAGUGCUCGUAUACCUCUCUUAACGCAAAGAUUUGCUAUUGGAGGGUUCAAUUUAAGCUGUGUCAUGAAACCAAACAACAAUACGGUUGGUGUUGAUAAGAAUGCUUUCACCGAGGAAAAGGUUUGUUGGGCAUUCUUCCAUGCAGGCGUUUCUGCUGGUCUUAGCAUUUCUCGAGAUGCAAAGGGAAUUGAUACCUCAUGGAUUCUUUACAACAAGCCACUCCAGGAUCUGAGUAAUCGUCACGCUGGUUUCUUACUGGCACUUGGUCUCAAUGGCCAUCUUAAAUCCGUGGCAAAGUGGGUUGCAUUCAGAUACUUAACCCCAAAACAUACAAUGACUUCGAUUGGGCUACUUCUUGGAUUAGCUGCAUCCUAUAUGGGAACCAUGGAUUCAUUGAUUACUAGACUAUUAUCAGUCCACGUAACCCGAAUGCUCCCGCCUGGAGCCGCCGAAUUGAAUCUUUCCCCACUUACCCAGACUACUGGUAUCAUGGGUAUUGGCUUGUUAUAUUGUAAUACACAACAUCGUCGCAUGAGUGAGAUUAUGGUGUCUGAAAUGGAGCAUAUUGACCAAGAAAUUGACGAAGAGCCUCUGAGAAACGAAGGCUAUCGUCUUGCAGCAGGAUUUGCCCUCGGAUUUAUCAAUCUCGGUAAAGGUUCCGAUCUCAAAGGUCUUCACGACAUGCGACUCACAGAAAGACUUAUUGCACUGGCUGCCGGAAGUAAGAAGGUUGACCUCGUUCAUAUCUUGGACAAAUCUACGGCCGCUGCGAUCAUAUCUAUCGCUCUCAUAUAUAUGAAAUCAGAGAAUCAGGUAUUGGCAAGGAAGAUAGAUGUACCAGAUUCCGUUCUUCAGUUCGAUUACGUUCGACCGGACGCUUUCCUACUUCGAACCGUUGCCCGACACUUGAUUAUGUGGAGUAGAAUAGAGCCUUCACACAAAUGGAUCAGAAAGAGCCUACCUACCCCCUACAAAAGUCGAAGUUCGCUGCAACGCAUCACAGCCCUGACAUCGGCAGAUCUUCCCUUUUACGAUAUUAUAACUGGUCUCUGCUUCAGCAUUGCUCUGAGAUUCGCCGGUUCAGCAAAUUUGGUUGCAAGAGAUAUACUGUUAUAUUAUUUAGAUGAGCUUAGGCGGAUUUGUCAAAUUGAAGCAGGCUCGUUCGAUAAAAAGCUGACAAGAAAUACCGUUCGCAAUUGUCAGGAUUUAUUAGCACUCGGCGCAGCUACUGUCAUGGCGGGUACAGGGGACAUUUCCGUUUUUCGUAGACUUCGUUCAAUGCAUGGUCGUGAUGAUAGUGAGACACCUUAUGGCAGUCAUCUCGCUACUCAUUUAGCCAUUGGAGCUUUAUUCUUGGGGGGUGGAACCUUCACAUUCGGUACUUCAGACACAGCAAUUGCUGCAUUGAUUGUGGCGUUUUACCCGAUAUUUCCAUCCACCGUCCAGGACAACAAAUCUCACUUACAAGCCUUCCGUCAUUUCUGGGUCUUGGCAGCAGAACCUCGAUGUCUCAUUACAAGAGAUAUCGAUACCGAUCAACCUGUUCCGAUAGCUCUUCAGAUCACGCUUCGCAAUGGAAAAGAAGAUCAACGUCAUACACCUUGUCUCAUUCCCGAAAUUAGUCAGAUCAAAACAGUACGAACGUGCAGCCCUGAAUACUGGAACGUCGUUUUGGAUUUGGAGAGUAAUAAAGCACAUGUUGAGGCAUUCAAAUCAAUGCAAAUGAUUUACGUUCGCAAACGUCCAGCUCAUGACGCAAGCACCAACGCAUUCAAAGCGACCCUUCAAGCUUUAGACGAAGCCGACCAGACCGUCAACCAAUCUCUUCAAUGGCUCUUCGAACUCCCAGCUUUCGCAACCCUCUCUAAAGCAGAAAGAGCAUUGGUGCUACCGCCCGAUAAUGGAGGGCCCAGAGAUAUCCAUGCAGGCACCGAACAAACAUCUGUGGACUCUAGGUUAGUGCUUGAACAUGCGACGCUAGAUAGUGGGAAUAGGGAUAGAUUGUUGGGAUUGAGAUUGUUGUUUGAUUGGGCUGAUAAGGCGAUGGAGGAGGGAAGGGAGAUGAGGUGGAUUAGGAAGGAGGUGGUGCAGAGAUUAAGGGCAAGGGUUUGGGUUGAUGAGAUGGGGUAG